AAAAGCCGGCCGGUUUGUUUCUUUCUUCAUGCCAUCUCUUACUUUAUUUUCCACGAUAGUCCACUUGAUAUUGUGAUCAAUCCUAUUCGGAUGUUUAGCGUUUAGCAUUUGUUAGGUGUGAUUUUUACGUUCUGUCAAUACUUCAAAAGACAAUUGAUAGGUUUCCAGUACUACAUCCAAGAAGUGAACGCAACUGAAAUCAAAAUAUACAGUAUUAUAAUAGUAUUAGCUAGUUCCUAAUAGUUCAUUCGAAAUUACAUCAGCCCGAAACGCGCUAACAAUUGAAGAGAAUCAAAGAGAGGGAUUAUAUAAGAAAUUGACUAAAAUCGUUUGCCUUAAUAUAAUGUUCGUCCAAACCGAAUUUAACAAAUCAAAUAACAAUAACGAGCUAAGUAGAUCACGCGAAGUAGAUUCGGACAGUUACGACGGUUUAUUCAAGGAUUUGGAUUUGAUUUCGCGAUUUUGCAUGCCUAUUUGUUCGCGCGACAAUGAAAUUAGAGAAGUGGCGUUGGACGUCAUAUCGAAGACCGUCGAGGGAUGGUUGGAUGGCGUCGGUAGUCCCAAACAUUACCGGAUGGCCCAGCCGGAACGCCGGAGAUUACAGAACGCGUCGAACGGAUGCGCGUAUUCGGACAUUGUCGGGAAUACCGUUAAUGACGUCCCCAAGGAGUAUUUGGAUCUGGUGUCGCUACAUUUACCUAUCAUUUUAAGGUUAUCAAUUAGUUGUCCUUUCAUCAACGUCAGGGAGAAAUGUCAACAUAUCCUGGAAAUCGUGCAGAGCCGUGGUUUGCCUAUACCUUAUCCUGUGAUAUCUGGACCGAGUGCAUAUAUCGAUCCCGAAGAGUUGCCACCCUUGGGUACAUUCAAUGAAAAGACGAACAAUCUCUUCGUGGAUGCCUUUCUACAAAGCAACAGAUUGGACCAUGUGAGUCAGGUAAUGGGGUAUCAUACCUCAUAUUUGGACCACUUUCUCAAGACUCAAAAUUUCAUACUACGAGGAGAUGGACCACUUCCGUUUCAUUAUAGGCAUUACAUUGCAAUAAUGGCCGCAGGACGACAUCAGUGUGGAUAUUUGAUAAAUCUUCAGAAACAAGAAUUUCUUCUGUUGGGGGGCGAUCACAGUUGGCUCAAAGGCCUUAGUUCUAUACCACCAAAGUUAAAAAAUCUUUACGAUAUCAAUAAAAUAUUAGCCCAUAGACCUUGGCUGUUAAAUACGUCUCAUAUUGAGAAAUUGACUAAGGGGAAAGAUAGCUGGUCUUUGGCCGAAGUCAUACACGCUAUAGUCAUAUUGACUCAUUUUCAUUCGCUGUGUUCUUUUGUGUUUGCUUGUGGUGUUAAUCAAGAAGUGGAUCAAGCUGGCGGAUUCAAGUACCAAAUGCCUGGUGAAACUAGAGGCUCGGCUCAUCCCAGCAAUACGAAUCAAACUAAUCCCAAAGAUAUACCAACUGUCGAUAUAACCGAAGACUGGAAAAAUUCUUCUCAAGUUGGUCCUCCAUCGCCCACAGAACCCGAAGUAGGAAUAAAUACAAUUAUGCAACGCAUGAAAACACUUUCGGAACAGAACGAAGAAUGCACCCCAGUAGAAUUAGCCAAACGUUUUGAAAAUAUCGAAACGCAAUCUGCCGAAUUAGGGUUGAUAGGGGCUGAACGGUUAGAAACUCCAGCAGAUAUUAGUUGUUUUAUUGAAGACGUAAAAUUUGGAUAUCAAGAUUUCGCCAAAAGGGACGAACAGUCCGAUUUCCCCACGUUUAGGGUACAGGACUAUUCGUGGAACGACCACGGAUAUUCCCUGGUUAAUAGGUUAUAUAACGACGUAGGGAAUCUGCUGGAUGACAAAUUCAAGACUGCACAAAACCUGACUUACUACACGAUGGGGGGCCGCACGGACGUGGACACGUCGCGGUUCCGCAGAGCCAUCUGGAACUACAUCCAGUGUCUCUUAGGAAUCCGUCACGACGAUUACGACUAUGGGGAGAUCAACCAACUCCUAGAGCGCUCUUUGAAGACGUUCAUUAAGAGCGCUUGUUGUUAUCCAGAGCGCGUGACUAAGAAGGACUAUGACAGGGUUCUUAGGGAGUUCAAGCACAGCGAAAAGGUCCAUGUGAAUCUAAUGGUCCUGGAGGCGCGGAUGCAGGCGGAAUUGCUAUACGCCUUGAGGACUGUGAACCGCUACAUGACAAAUUAAAGGAGUGCCCCCAUGGAAAAAGUUUCACUCUAUCGGCCCAAUUCGAGGAUGUGGGUAUGGAUUUGUAUGUUAUUAUAUUGCACAGAAGUUGAGAUGACGGAUACUGUGGUUUUAAAUAUUAAUUUUAUUGUUGUCUGUUUUUAAAACCUAUUUUAUUGAAGAUUCAAAUGUGUUAUUUAUGUAAUAUUAAGAAAUUGAUUUCAUGUGGUAAAACUGUAUUUAUCAUGAUCAUUUUUUGAAUAUAAUUAAUGUGGUAAGUAUAUUAUCAAUCGAACAAUUAUUCAACUCGUAAUGUGUUGAUAUUUUUGUAUUGACUUUUUUCUACUAAUUUGCAUUAAAAUUUGAUAAAGGUAGAAAAAAGUAUUGUGCACCAUACAUAUUAAAUAUGUGACCACCUUUGUAAAUAAUUUGAAUACUAUAUAUAAUAACAUUUAUAUUGUGUAAAUAUAAAUUUUCUGAGUUAUGGAAGUUAUACAUCACCGCUCUCUUAAUUUUUUAAUUGUGUUUAACAUCUUUGCGUUCACUUAUCUGUGGCUUCCGACCAGUGUAUAUAAUUAUUGUUUUUAAACGUUAAUUAUUGUCCAAUAUUUUAUAUUGUAAGUAUGGAUCUGGUCAAAGUAAUUUUUUAUGUUGCGAUACUAUUAAGGAGGCUUAUAAUAUUCUCAAAUUAAUUUUUAUAAAUGACUGACUGGAUUAUUUGAAUCGAGGUUUCCGUUUUUUUCGCAUAGUAUUUGAGUAACAUUGUAAGGCAUUAUGUAAUCAUUUUGUUGCGACAACAAAUGAUUGGGGAAACCAUCUUUUCUUUACUUGUAUCCCAAAUUUUUGUCUUGAUCUCAGUAUUAAUUAUAAUUUUGAAUUGAAUUCAUAUUUUAGUAUAUUUUCACUGCCAUAUUAAUAGUUUAUAUUAAACAGUAACAAACAAAUUUCGCCAACUGUUUCAUCACCACAAAAAUAUUUCUUCAUCUGUUUGUUCGCUGCUUAAAAGAUAAACAAAAAUUUUAUCCAAUUGAUGUUUUUUAGUUUCGUUACAAAUUUUGAAAAUUAUAAGUAUAUUUAGAAAUAAUAUGAUGCUGUGAUGUUACAAUUUCUGUAUUUAUUUGAAACAAUAUCACUGUUUGUUUUCAUUGCUUUGUCAGUUUAACCGAAUUUUUGUUUGUACAAAUUUGUUUGCCGGGUAGAUAUGUAAUACAAUCGACUCUGAAAGCCAUAAAUUAUUACAUAUCUACCUUUACGCUUGCAAACUUCUGCUAUUUUUUAUAUUGUAAAAGUUAAUUUCAAAUUAUAAAUAUUAUAUUAAAAAAAGGUGAAUUGACGCAGAAGUACAAAAUAUAUUAUGAUCGGAAGAGUGUAAAAUACGGAUUUCAUAACGUCAUUACUGUAAGAUAAAAACAAUAAAAUUCUAAUAUUUAUGCACACAUUUUACAGGAAACUAAAUCACACCUAAAAUUGUAUUUCAGUCAAAAUUUUACGAAUGGACCUUAAACAAAUGCCUGUUAUGAAAUCCCUCGUUAUGUCACAGUUACGUUGUUGUGGGGUAUUCUCCAAUUUGUGAUAUUUAUCUUAAUGUGAUUACUGUGUAAUAGAUUUUAGAUUGUUUCAAUUGAAUACCUUCAAUAAGUUUUGUUGAUGUUUAACCAUAGACCUUUAGUGAGAUGUUUUAAUUUAAUUAAUCCACUUUCAAAUAAAGUAGUUUCAUGCUA